AAAAUGAGUGAGAUUACAAUGGGUUUUUUGCAUAUUCACCUCCUGUUUGGGGUUGUAAGCUCCUUGGUUAUUCACUCAAUCCCCUGGAAGGUACCCUGUCCUCACCAGUGUGUAUGCCAGAUCAAACCCUGGUACUCACCCCAGUCUGUGUAUAGAGAGGCUCCAACUGUUGACUGUAAUGACCUGCUCCUCACUCAGUUGCCCACAUCCCUCCCUCCAGAGACACAAACACUAAGACUGCAGAGCAACCUCAUCAGUUCAGUGGACCAAAGUGAACUCCAGGGUCUCACCAAUCUAACUGAGCUGGAUCUCUCCCACAACAGUUUCAUCAGCACCCGUAACUUGAGAAUCACUGACCUGCCAGCUCUUCUAAGCCUACACAUGGAAGAGAAUCAGCUGAGGCACUUGCCUGAAGCAGCUUUCUCUGGACUGCCCAACCUUCAGGAAUUGUAUCUCAAUCAUAAUAGGCUCAGAAGUAUUUCCCCAGGAGCUUUCAAAGGUUUAGGUAAUCUUGUAAGGCUUCAUCUCAAUUCUAACCACCUAAUGAUAAUUGACAGGCGUUGGUUCCAUGCUUUGCCUCAACUAGAAGUACUCAUGACAGGAGGAAAUCCAGUGGACACGAUCCAAGAUCUCAACUUCAAACCUCUUGGAUCCUUGCGCAGCCUGGUCUUGGCAGGUAUGGGCUUACAUGAGAUCUCAGAGCGUGCUCUAGAAGGACUUCUGAACCUGGAGAGUAUUAGCUUCUAUGACAACAACUUGACCAAAGUCCCAAAAGAGGCACUGCAGAAGCUACCAAGCUUGAAAUUUCUGGACCUUAACAAGAACCCAAUUCAGCUGGUGCAAAAAGGGGAUUUCAGGGACAUGUUUCACCUGAAGGAGCUUGGCUUGAACAACAUGGAGGAUCUGGUGUCCAUUGAGCACUCAGCAAUGGAAAACCUCCCUGAGCUGACAAAACUAGAAAUCACAAACAAUCCACGACUGUCAUACAUUCACCCUCAGGCUUUCCAGAAGCUGCCACGUAUGGAGAGCUUGAUGCUCAACAGUAAUGCCUUGAGUGCUCUGCAUCGUCAGACUGUGCGGUCUCUGCCAAGCUUACAGGAGAUCAGUCUGCACACCAAUCCCAUUCGCUGUGACUGCCUUAUUCGCUGGGUUGGGGCAGAGGAUGGCAAGCCAGUUCGUUUCAUUGAACCACAGUCCACAUUCUGCUCAGAACCUCCAGAGUUAAAAACGAGACGAGUAAAAGAAGUCUCCUUCAGGGAGAUGGCUGAUAGCUGCCUCCCUUUGAUUGCCCCAAGCAUGUUCCCUUCUUACAUUCAAGUGAAAUACGGGGACAACAUAGCCCUGCAUUGCCGAGCACUUGCAGAACCAGAACCAAGUAUUUACUGGGUCAUUCCAAAAGGUUUGAGAUUAACUCCCUCCACAAGAUUUGGACGUUACCAGGUUUUAUCAGAGGGCACUUUGGAAAUAUUUGGAGUCACCCCUGAGGAGGCUGGAUUCUACACUUGUGUUGCACAGAAUCUAGUUGGGGCUGACACAAAGAGUCUAACACUAAAAGUGGAGGGAUCUGGCAGGGCUCAAAUAGCAAAUGAUCAAAGAAAGGAAGACAGCCUUGAGGUCCAUGAUGUUAAAGAACGAUAUGCUUUACUGUCUUGGCACACUGGCCAUAACAUCCCUGCUGCCAGAAUCUCUUGGAUAGCCAAUGGGAGCCUGGAAGACCACCACAAGCAUAGCACUAGAAUACUAGCUGGCACUAAGGGCUUCAACCUAACCCGCCUCCAACCAGGGACCAAUUACAAGGUUUGUCUGCAUAUGGGGCCAAACGACACCUCCUGUGUCCAUCUCAGGACUAAAGAGGUGCUUCUCUUAGUUCCUUCUGCAGACAUCACCCCAGUAUUCCUAUUGGGUGUAUCAGCUUUUUUCCUCAUCCUGUUGGCAGCCAAAACUUGCCAUGGGAGGACAAUGUAUGACUGGAAAGAGUUUGAGACACCCCAUUCCACCAUUUUGACCCAGGACGCAAAGGCUUUCAUGGCUACAGAUCCACUUCGGCAGUACAAAGAUAAACUCUCAGAGGGCAGUGGAAAGGUGCUCAGUGAUGCUAAGCCAGUGCAAGAUGUUCUGGGUCCUGCAAAACAGGCGUUUUAAGAUACAAGAUGUACAACUGCUCAAAGGGAAUAUGUCAGAGAAGCUGUACAAACUUUGUAAAGCUACUCAAAUUACAGCUCACAGUCAGCACUAACAGUCCACUAAACAAAACCAUUGCUUUUUUGCAAGAUUACAAGUGUCCCAAUUAUAAAUACAGUGUCAUAAUAAGAGAUUUAAUUUUUAUUUAUUUUAUAAUGGAAAAGAUACAGACCACAUAUGUAUAGUGAAAGCAUUUCACAUGUAAUCACAAACAAUAUAUAUCUAAACAAUAUACUGAGAAAACCGACCAAAUGGUGCCAGUUGUAAGAGAGAGCUGUAAGAAGCUAUGAACUGUGAAAGAAGCAUGAACUUUACAUGAAAUUUGCAAGAUGAUAUGAAGUACUCAUAUUUUUCAUACUGUUGAAGACAAAGUUAACAGUUGGGCAAAGAAAUUCUGUGAAAGACAUUCCAAGCCUCUCAAUUUUAUGACAAUUUGGGAGGAAACAGCUGGGGGUUUUUGUUUGUUUUUUAAGAAUCAUGUUCUCCUGGUGUGAGUUGUUAAAGAAUUAAACGUUACUUUUCUAUUUUUAAAAAUAAUACUGUCUUUUUCCAAAUAAAAAUUCUAAGCAUACUGUAGGUACUGAAAGAAUAUGUAAAAUACAGAAGGGUAUUUUUAAUAUGUUGCAUAACUGUACAUCCAGUAUUUCUCUUUGAUAUUAUGGGCCAUAUUCAGCACACAA